ACUGGGUGAGGCUGUUCAACACACUGCUCAGAUAUAAGGCAUCACUCGCACUUGGGAUCCAAAAAGAAAGCAUAGUGUCUUCACAUGGAGGUACCAAAGACUAAAUGUUGGCGAUUAUUGAUUUAAUUUAAUACAUUUUUAUCAACUGCUUGUAUUCGAUAACAUGGCUUCAAAGGAUAGAAUGUCAGACCUGGAGAGCGGCAUGGUCACUAUCAUCCGGAUUUUCCACAAAUACUCUGGACACAAGUGCAAGUUGAAGAAAGCUGAACUUAAGGAACUUAUCAACCACGAGAUGAAUCAUUUCAUAAUGAAAAUCCAAGAGAAUGACACUCUGGAUGAGCUCUUUGCUGACCUCGAUCAGAACGGAGACCUGGAGAUUGACUUCAAAGAGUUCAUCACCCUCAUCUCCAUGGUUACCUCGGCAUGCCACGAACUCUUCAUCCCAACUCAUUAGAAAUGAAGUUGUUUACCCUAUGCACCAGUAACUCAUUAAAAAGAACAAACGCAGUUAUUGGGA